GGUUAUCAACGAGACGGAGACAACGAUCCGGGAUUAUAGCUUCCUACAGGAUGCUGCCUCCCCACCCUGGAGCCUGGAGCCCUCGCAUGACCGAGACCCACCGUUGCAGUGCAGCACGGCCAACUCACUCGAAGCGCUGCAGGCACGCAUCGCUCGCCCGAAGCCGAAUAACAGCGCACUCGUCGUGGCUGGCCAAACCUGCAGCAGUCCCUCUUCUCAGCCCCAGACACUGAGGGGGAUCGUGCACGUCGCAGAAGAUGAAAACCCCGUUGGCAAACUUAUGGCACGGUCCACCUUCGAGGAUCUUGAUCAGACAAACGGCUCAUCGGAGACGCCGCCCUCCCUCGGCGCCAGCCCCGAGUCUCCAAGCACGGCCAACGCGCACCACUCGGUCGCAGCCAGUGAGCCCAACUCUGAUACGCAUAUUGCGCCUUUCUCGUUCGGGAAGGCUUGUUCUGGGGACAUCUGCAUCCUGCCUGAACCACCGUCUCCCGUUUCCGAGUCAGAGCAACUCAGGCUAAUCAGCUUCUAUUUAAGAGGAACAGGAACUUGGUGCGAGACUACCGACUCUGAUAGACAUUUCACAGUGUUCAGUAUCUAUGAAAUGAUGAAUUCAUCAGCGUUCGUCGCAGCAGCAAUGGCUCUCGCCUCUCGCCACUUAGACCACCUUCAACGUAGACAGCGCUCCGUCACCCUGGAGCUAUACCAGCACACCAUCCGCCUGUUGCUGCGGCAAGACCCCGCCCGCGCUGACUCCUCUGUGCUGGCAACAUGCACACUACUAUGUGUCUACGAGAUGAUGGCCUCGGGCGUUGACGAGUGGCGACGUCAUUUGAAGGGGUGCGCCGGCCUGCUCCAGUCGAAGAAGUGGAAUGGGUGUAGCCCUGGCAUUGUAAAAUCUUGCUUCUGGGCGUUUGCGCGAAUAGACGUCUGGGCUGCUUUUGUCACCCGCAAGACGACCCUGAUCCCCGCCCACUUCUGGAUGAACGAUAUUUCCCUUGAGUCGCUGGGCGCCAAGGGCAAGGUGGACGACUACUGUAACAUGGCAAAUCUGAUUUUUGCGAAAAUCAUCAAUCUCUUGGCGAGUUCUUUUGAUCGUAACAAUGUUGAAUUGGGGGGGUCGGUGGCGGCUCUGUGGGAUGAAAUGCAGGGCUGGUACCGGCUUCGGCCGCCGGAUGUCUACCCGUUGUUGCGACAAGAUCCAUCCCUGGGCAGCGUGUUUCCUAAGAUCCUACACGCUCGAACAUCGGCUAUUUGUGGCAAUACCUAUUACCAUACCGGUUCGAUCCUGCUCCUACAGACGGGGGCUGUUCAAACCACCCCGAGCACUCAAAAUGCUGUACGUGCUAAUGCCCUCUGGCAUGCACGUGAGCUGAUGGGCAUCUCCACUUGGAACGAGAAAUCACCUGCACCUAUUCCGCGAAAGUACUGUCGUGUUGACCAGAAGGCGUACAGUGCGAAUUGGGUCAAUCAUCUGCAACCCCUAUACAUCGCAGGAACUGUCUUCGCGGGGUACUGCACAACCUCUCCCCCGUCGAAGCACGGCCAGUCGCAAAAUGUGGCGAGGUAUCAGUCGGCAACUCAGCAGCCAGGGAGUCCAGAUCUGUUGGACCUUACAGGAAGCGGAGCCCUUUCCGUUCAAGAAUCGACCAUGGCGGAGGAAUACGCCACGGAGAAGAUCCUGUUGCUGGAACAUCUCUCGCGGAUCGAAGCGGAAACUGGGUGGAAGACUUCCGAUCGUGCGGCUGAGCUGAGGGGACUCUGGGGUCUUGGGUAGACUGUGAUUAUCAUUCACGACUUAUAGGCGUACUACGAACAGAUAUUCGAAGCCUCAACUGGUGGAGUGCAAUGACGUAGCACGAGGAAGAAGAGCCACAUCCUUGUUCAAAUGGGACAAAUAGAAUCCAACUUGACCAGCCAUGUGUCUGGAAUCAACCCAUACUACAGGAUUAUCAUUCAGCGAGCGAACCUCAGGGAAUGUCGCCAAAACAAUGCAGAGGGCUUCCAGAUGAUGACAUGAAGCCAGAUUAUGAUGAUAUUCUUCAUAUAGCUAAGCAAGGAAAACAGACUCAUGCAACAGGGGGGUAUCGAGCGCCGAAACCGUUUACGUGACACAUCAAUCAAAACCCUUGGACAAGAAG